AUGACGCCUAUCCCCGAGAAGCACAAUGUGGCGGAUUCCAGUGUCAAUCGUGUGAUGUACAAUGUUCAACAGGACCUUCCGCAUGUCUCGUUGAGGGGUGCUAUCGGGGAUCUUCUAUCUUCUUUAUCUUUUUUCGUUGUCUCUUUUUUUCUAUUCGUUUUCUGUUAUUUUUUUCCUUUGUUUUCUAGGGACUUUUCUGUUUUCGCUCCAACAGACAUUUUUAUAUGUCCUCACUUUCAGUGUCACUUCCACCCACUCAACAGAUCUUCUUCUUCUUCUUCUUCUUCUUCUUCUUCUUCUUCUUCUUCUUCUUCUUCUUCUUCUUCUUCUUCUUCUUCUUCUUCUUCUUCUUCUUGCUACUCCUGCUCCUCUUUCGUUUUACGUCUUUUACUGUUUUUGUUAUUUUUUUUUCUCAUUUCCCGACUGUCUCUUUUAAUUCUCCCCUUCUCUCAUUUUAAUAUGUUCAUUUAUAUUUUUUAUGUGGUGUUGAAUGGUUUAUCUCUUCCAUUCUAUUUUCUUUCGCUUUCUCGUUAUAUCUUCUCUUAUUCUCUUAUUUACUCUCAUCUUUCUUGUCUCUCUUUUUCUCUUCUUUGCCUUUUCCUUUCACUCUUGUCCCCGUUGUUAUUAACGUCUGGAAUUUCGUUGCAGACCAACUGUCUCGCUAUCUGUUUGAUAAAUUCAAAGAUGAAUGUCAGUAAAUACCAACACAGAAGAAGACACGGAACUUGA